AUGGCGAACUGCAGCAUAGCAAAUGAAUCAGAUUUCAACUCAACAGACGAAAGGGCGAUGCCAGUUGAUGAGGCCUUUAUACUCUCUCUUCAGGUCUUUAUCGCACUGUUUGGGGUUGUUGGUAACAUUCUAGUGAUCACGGUCAUAACCAAGAUGGGAAAGAAGAAACAAGCAGGAGACUUAUAUCUGCUAAAUUUAGCCAUUGCAGAUCUCGGCACGCUGGUACUGACAUUUCCAUCCAUUGUAGUUAGGGAGAAGUUACCUUGCAAAUGGCCAUUUGGUGAGUUUAUUUGCUUGUAUGUGCAUCCUGUCCCGGAAAUAUUCUAUGGAGCCUCUGUAUGGUGCAUAGCUGUGGUCGCUAUAGAUCGAUACCGGAAAAUAGUCACAUCGAAAACGUCAAGGCGAAUCAACAGUGCCGUCACAUUACGAACAGCUAAGAUUGUUGCAGCUUGUUUGUGGAUGGCAUCAUUUUUGGUCUUCUGUCUUCCGCUUUACUUUGUUAUGAAAUAUCACGAACAGCCAGGUGGAAGGUUAGCCUUGUGCAACCCAAUGAUGUCUUUCACUUUUAGUGGCGUCUACAUGGGCGUUUUGACCUUUUUUUCUUACAUUUUACCCUUGACCGUAAUAACCUUCACCUACAUCGUUAUAUCACGGGUAAUAAAUCGGAGCAGUACCUUCAUCAAACUAAUGAAGAAUGAAGGAAAUCGAAAGGCAGAUGAUGAACAACGUCUCUCCAAAAUUAAGAGCGUUCGCCUUAGACAAAACGAACGCGCCAAGAAAAUUCUUACGCCACUCGUUUUGACUUUCGCCGUCACAAUGCUUCCCUUGAAUAUUUUUCGUCUCAUCUGGGCGUUGAAGCCAGCACCGGUCGAACAACAUGUUAAAUUGAUAUUGAACGUGGUGACGGUUUUUGUUUUGAUUAACUCAUCUGCAAAUCCCGUGAUUUAUUCUGUUGUAAGCAAAGAAUAUCGGAAGUUGCUGGCUAAUCUAUGUCUCAGAGAACGUGAAAGAACGUUUUCUCUUCCUUUGCCUCUAAUU